GCCUAGCAAGCGAGGAGCCGCCGGGAAAGAAACAGGCCGCCCAAAGCUCCAAAGAUGAGCUUUGGCAUCCCUCCUGGGUGGAAGCCACCGGGGAGCGCACCAUCGCCCAACGCCUUCGAGCCGGCCCCCAGGAUGGAGAAAAGAUGAAACUCUUCACCUCCUGGUUCUGCCCCUUCGCUCAACGUGCUUGGAUUGCCCUGGAGGAGAAGGGUGUGGACUACUCCUACGUGGAGAUCAAUCCAUAUGAAGUCGACCCGCAGCUUCCAGGAGGAUACACGAAGAAGCAGCUGCCUAUCGAGGUGAAGAAGGCAAUGUACCCCGACUUCGUGCAGUCUUCUCCCAGGGGGUUGGUUCCGGCUGUGGCAGAUCCCAACGGAGACAAAGUUUGGGAAUCCCUGCACGUCGUGCAGUAUGUCGACGAACGCUUCGAUCACCCUCCCUUCUUCCUGCCGAAGGGGGAUCCCCUGAAGCGGGCGCACGUUCGAAUUUGGUCCGACUUCGUCACGGAAAGGAUGCAGAAGAAUUUCUACAUGCUGCUAAUGGACCAGGAUCCGGAGAAACAGGCGACAGCGAAGGGAGCCUUUUUCGCUGAGUGCCGCACUUUCGCCAAAGCCAUGAGUACCGACGGGCCCUACUUCCUUGGGAAGGAAAUUUCGAUGGUUGACAUUGCUCUGUUCCCUUUCUGGCAGCGGUUCCUCUGGGUCGGCGGCUACUACCGAGGCUUGGUAAUGCCGGAUGAUCCGGAGUUCCGCCGGCUACAGUCCUGGUGGGAGGCAUGUUCAGAGCGGCCGGCUUUCAAGAACACCCUGGUCU